AUGGUCGUCGACACAUCCUACUACGACGCGCUGGGCGUCAAACCUGACGCAUCGGAACUCGAAAUCAAGAAAGCGUACAGAAAAUUGGCUAUUACCACGCAUCCCGACAAAAACCCAGGCGAUGAGACCGCGCACGCUCGAUUCCAGGCAGUUGGCGAAGCCUAUCAAGUUUUAUCCAACAAAGAAACGCGGGCAGCCUACGACAAAUAUGGAAAGGAAAAAGCAAUGCCGAGUCAAGGCUUCGAAGACCCGGCGGAAUUCUUCAGCAUGAUUUUCGGCGGUGACGCCUUUGUUGACCUCAUCGGGGAGCUUACGUUGCUAAAAGAUUUGACACAUACUAUGGACAUUACCAUGGAGCAGAUGGAAGAGGAGGAGCUGGCCAAGAAUGCCGAAGAGAAAUUAAACAUCCACGAAGAAAAGGCAAAGGACGCCACAGCAGCCACUGCGGCGGACAUGGAACAAAAGAGUUCAGAGGCAGCAGCAUCCGAACCUUCUACUGGUCCCGGUGCAAGUACGGACACAACCUCAGCGCCUCCACCCGCUUAUGUUGAAGGCGAUGAGGCACCGACUUCCGCUGCCGGCAAGGCUGCAUCGGGAACUAGCACGCCUCAAAAACGAUACCUCGGUCAACAAGCCAUCAUGGACCGGUCGGAGGAAGAUGCACGAAUGGACGCCGCCGGCCUGACACAAGAGGAGAAAGACCUUCAGAAGAAGAAAAAGAAAGGCGGCCUGACGAAAGAGCAGCGGGAGAAACUUGAAGCGUACGAACGUGAGAGACGAAAACAGCGAGAGGAGCGGGUAGAUACACUGGCGAAAAAGCUGAUCGACCGCAUCAGCGUUUGGACCGAGACGGACAAAGGGCCCGAAGUGACCAAGGCGUUCCAAGAAAAGACGAAACUCGAGGUCGAGAAUCUGAAAAUGGAGUCAUUCGGCAUCGAGAUCCUACAUGCCGUUGGCCAGACAUAUUGCCAGAAGGCGACGUCGUUCCUCAAAUCCCAGAAAUUCCUCGGCAUUUCAGGGUUUUUCUCGCGCCUCAAGGACAAGGGCACCCUUGCCAAGGAGACGUGGACGACGAUUUCGACCGCCAUCGAUGCCCAAUUGACCAUGGAAGAGAUGGCCAAGCUCGAGGAGAAAGGGGGCGCCGACUGGACGGACGAAAAGAAGGCCGAAUACGAACGUAAGGUCACGGGCAAGAUUCUGGCCGCUGCCUGGCGUGGGUCUAAAUUCGAGAUCCAGGGCGUCCUGCGUGAUGUCUGUGACAAGAUUUUGAAUGAUAAGACCGUGAAGCUUGAAAAGAGGAUCGAGCGCGCCCAUGCUCUGGUGCUGAUCGGGACCAUCUUCCAACAGGCCGAGCGGGAUCCAGACGAAGAAGGCGACUUCAUGGCCUUCGAGCAGCUCAUGGCCGAAUCCAUGAAGAAACAAGAGAAGAAAAAGGAGAAGGAAAAGGACAAGGAGAAGAAACAUCACCGCAAGGAGUCGCCGUCACCGGCCGCCGCAGCGGCGGCGUCAUCCUAG